GCAGCAGGGCUUCUCGAAUAGACUCGGAGCACAUCGGACGCAAUCGACUGACUGGUACUUCACCGUGUUGACACCAACUUCUUGGCGGUGUGCAUAGCAACUUAUUGACGCGACCCUGGGCACUUGUUAGAAGUUCUAUGCGCCCUUGAGCACGGCAUGUGUUGUUCGGCACAAGCCUCGUUCCCAGUCAGGUAUAAGGGAUGCCUGUUCGGGUACAAGACACGCACAGGACAACGUCUCCUGGCGUCGCGAUGUUGGCGAAGGCUGCGGACCGUUCAAAAAUCCCUGUGGUCCCUCUCUUUGGUGUGCUGCUGCUGACUCGCCCAUCCCUCUUCCCUGUUGUCCAUUCGAGGCCGCAUCCGUCUGUGCUGCGCACAUACGCUGGAGCGUUGCCGUUCAAGUAUCUGUCCUGUACCUAUAGUACCGUGCCGCAAAAUGCCGCUCAAGCUUUUCGAUUUCGCGUUCCUCUUUUCCAAGAACAGGACGGAGAACAAGUGCUCGAUUGACAUCCUUCCGAACGACGUCCUGGUCGACGGCGUGUUCGACUAUCUCGACGUGGUCGAUAUUCUGAGGCUCCGGCGAGUAAGCAAAUUAUAUUACCACCUUACGCACCAUGCCGUCGUUUGGAAGCGCUUGGUCCAGCGGACUACGCUUCCUCUCCCGCCUCUCCCGCCUACGAAGCGGCACAACCUUGAGAACCUCACCGGAAUCGAGUGCGAGCGGCUCCUCACGCGGGCGUACUCGGUCGACAAAAUAUGGUGUAAGAACCCGAACUUCUACGAUAAUUGGCAGUUCGAUGCAUACUACCACAUCGCCCACAUGGCCAUGCUCCCCGGCGGCCAGUUUCUCGUUGCAUCUGUCUGUGACAAGGACAGGGAAGAUUGGUGGGUCGUGGUGUACGUGUUGGACAAUAGGUAUACCGCGGUUCCGAUCCUGCGCGAGUCGACAAGGUCCAAGGCAUACCAUCUUACGGCAAAGUACCUUACGUUGCAUGGUGUCCACGGGAUCAUGGUGUCUUUCGUAACAAGGCUCUGGAAGCAUCGUGCCGACUGGGACCGGGGAGUUAACAUUAACGAGUAUGCCGCCGAGUAUGAUCUCGACCCGCCUUACCCGAUCAAGUACGAGUGCCACACGUACCAUAUUCCCCUCGAGGCUCUCGAAGCCCAGUCCGACCCUCGCAUGAUACCAAACUCGGGGGACUACAUCAGCCGUGCUCUGGUGCAGGCCAAGGGCUUCAACCACGUCUACAUGAUACGGUCAUCUACUCCGAUCUCCUCCGUAAGCCUUGACGACAUUUACGGCGUGCCCUGCAUCACGGCCGUGAAGCAGCCGGCGACCAUCAUGUUUAAGCCCCUGACGGUCCCAUCUGUUGCGCCAUCUAUGGUGACCCUGGCACCAAUCCAGGGUCAUGAGCACUUCUGUCACCGCAUCAAAGCUGUUCGAGCGCUGCCUCUGCAGCGGCAGUGGCUCGUAUUCCACGAAAGUCGGCUUCCGCAGAACCUAUCCAGGCACCCGGUCACCUGCUUCGAGUUGAUCAGUAUCCCCGACAACAAGACGGGUGAACGACUCGAAUAUAUCCAUUCAUCGCAACUGGACUACUAUCUCGCGGACGACACGUUCGCGGAGGUGUACAUCACGGAGCACUCGACGCCGAACUGGUUCGACGACUCGAUCGUGCCUAGCAUCCGGACGCGCUGGCAGGAUGACGGCUGGAGGCCCGGGACGGUCAGCGCAUUCCUGCGGACGACGUCGCCUGAGGACGGGCUUCUGCGCAUGACCUUCUAUCCACGCAAGGUCGAGCAGCAGUCUGGGCACGCCGCCGCGCCCGUCUUCGCCGGCCGGUCACACGAGAAGCCCAAGCACGUCUGGCGGUACGACCUCGAAUGGUGCUCGCCCGUGCGUUUCAUCACCGCACACACCAACUGCAAGUACCGCAUCCUCGCCGGCUCGCGCCGCACGCUGCUGUACACCGUGCCGUGGGACGCGAUCUCGAACAGUCCUGAGAUCCACGCGUUCCAUCGCUACUACGACAGCGAACUGGAGGCCGAGCAUCCGGAGAUGGUGAACGGAGAGCUGGUCGUCAACGAGGCCCCACGCUAUCCUAUCCACCGGAUGCCUUUCCAGUUCCCGCCGGGCCAGAGGUUCGAGACGAUCUGCUGGGACGAGACCAUCGGGCGGGUCUGCUUCGUCGCACCCGAAGACACGAGGGUCCUGGUGCUGGACUUCUCUAAGCGUCCUAAAGAGGAUUUCUUAGGACGCAGGCUGCCGAUUGCCCUUGAGCAGGACGAAGACGCAAUGCUCGAGCCCGAUGAGUAUCAUGAAACCCCUGGCGAGCCUGUCGCUUGAAUGGAAAUCACAGAAGCUCUGUAGCGGACCAUGUCGUCGGCCUCAAUUUGAGACUGACCCUGAGCUGUUGCACGAUUAAUCUCAUGAACAUUAAACUUUUCCCUCUUGCCUGGGACUUCGUUAACUCUUAGAACUCCAUCCGCUUGCGCUGUAGACGCAGUCAUUGUGCCGCUUAAUGUCUAGCAUAGUGAUAUCGCUGCAUUGUAACAUUAAUCUACGCGAUAGGCGUGAUGGAAUACGUCCACAAACACGAUUUAUUACCGGC